AUGUUAUUAAACUUUGCUUCUCUUAUCUCUACACUUGUGUUUCCAGACAAUAGCACUAGACAGCCCUACCCACCCAGGCAUAAUCCAUAUACCAAAAAUUCUAAAACCUGGCACUAUUAUAUAUAUGAUAAACGUGGUCACCUAGCACACAACUAUUUGACCAAAUAUCCUAAUCAAAGUAACUAUAAUAGAUUUAAUAGGCCUGAAAAUAGAAGAGUAAAUAUAGCUUGGAUUAAUGAUAAACAUUUAUAUAGUAAAGAGCAAGUGAAUAGUGAGGUUAAGGAUUGUCAUCAACCCUAUAAUAAGGACUAUAAGGCCUAUAGAAAAGGAGUAACAGAGCCUCAAGAAGAGUAUAAUUUAAAAUAUUGCACCAAGCCCAGUCUUAUUCAAGUAGAUACAAAGGUUGCGAAGUUGACACCUGUAAAGAAAUUAAGAAUGAGAAGGCAACUAUCAACAGUUAUACCUACCAUCUAUUUGGACAACCAACCCUUAGUUGAUAAUAGUGAAGAAUCAGAUAGCUUAGAUGACUUGGUAGAUGAACUCGAGUUCAAAAAAGAGGAGUUAUUAGAGUUAAAAAUCUAUUACUUGGAAGAAUUAGAGUUAGAUAGUAUAAGAGUUGGAAAGAGUCUAGAUCAUCUAGAUGAAGAAAAUAUGACAAUAGUUAAUGCCUUAUUAGAAAUAAAUAAAGGUAUUUUUGCAGAAAAUAUUGCUGAGGAAGCCAAACCAAUUAAGCAAACCUAUUACUAUACUUCCAAGAAUAAACAAGAGUUCUUGUUUAGAGAAGUUAUAAUCAUAAAGAAAAAAGAUGUUGUUAGGAAGUGUAAGAGUAGCCUCUAG